GGCCAGGCCACCCCUGGUGGGCAGGGCUAAAAUAAUGUUAUCUGAGCCUGCGCGCUGGCCUCUGUUCGCGGAUAGAUGAGACCACCUCGCUGCUUUUUGCUACAGCUAGAACAAGUCGUAUAAUUUACUGAUAUUAUAUCAGAAAUUUCAACCGUAACAACAAAUUUUACAAUGGCUAGGUACAUGAGGCCACCUAACCCAUCACUCUUCAUUAGAAACAUCUCAGACGAAUCCAGGCCAGAGGAACUACGCCGCGAAUUUGGUCGUUAUGGGCCUAUUGUAGAUGUCUACAUUCCACUUGACUUCUCUACACGGCGACCAAGAGGAUUUGCUUACAUUCAAUUCGAGGACGUGCGAGAUGCAGAGGAUGCCCUCCACAACCUGGACCACAAGUGGGUGUGUGGUCGACAGAUCGAGAUCCAGUUUGCACAGGGGGACCGAAAAACCCCCAACCAGAUGAAGACUAAGGAGAGCUCUCCUCGCAGAGGGUCCCGCAGCAGCUCCUUCUCCCGCUACGACGACUACGAACGCGGCGAUGGCCGUCGCAGACGCUCUCGCAGUCGCAGCUACGAAAGGCGCCGGUCGCGUAGCCCUUCCUGCGACCGCCGUCCUCGGAGGUCAGAGAGCCCUAGAGACUCUCGAUCAUAUGGCAGGCACAGGCGAAGCAGAAGCCAUGAAAAUGACAGGUACAGGGGCCCUCCACGUGAACACCACAGGAUGCACCACGCACCCCCGUCUCGUAACCGCUCUGCAUCCCGCUCCCCCUCUCCUCCCAGAUCUAGGCCCAAAGACACAAAGUCUCAGUCCAAAUCCCCCAGCCCCGUCAAGGACUUCCACCCCUCUUCUGGCUCCCAGAAACAGGCCUGUCGACGCUCCUACUCCAGAUCUGUGUCCCGAUCUCGCUCCAGAUCCUAGGACCCCACCACCCUCAAACCCUGUUAUUCUGUAGCUAAAGAUAUUUUUGUUCAACACUACAACAUAUGAAUAUGGUAUCUAGGGAGUGGUUAUUCCACACCCCACCUCGGUUCAUUAGUUGAGUUAUUAUGAUAUCUCUGGGCUGAUGCCAUACAACAGGAGAGCUGGUUGUCCCUACAGAUGGAUAGUACUUUUUUUUAUGUUAGUUCAGUUUCAUUCACCUCUGGAAAAACAUUGUCUGUUUUUGAUUUACAUUCAUAUCAGUUUAAUUCUAUUAAUUGAGAACCCAAUGGAUUUAAGUUCAGCACAUAAGAAUUGGUCAACUAUGAAAUGCAAAGGUACAGUUUUGGGCUAAUGGGUAUUAACCUCUAGCUACAGAAGAGUCCAAAAACCCAUUUAUAAGAAAAAACAAGUUAAAUCUGGAGUUUGCAGUGAUAUCUAGCCAUCAAGUUAACUGCUUUUAUUUUUGUACAUUUGAUGUUGCUGAAGUCUCCCGCAUUUUUUUUAUUUGAUAUCAAUUGUUAUUUUGUGUUCAAAUCGAGCAGCGGUGUUUUCUUUUUGUGGAUUAAAAAUGUUACGUUUUAACUUUUGUUAAUCA